AUUUCAACAUUUCCAAGACUUUCAUUACUUAAUGGAUUAGUUUCCAUCUUAUCGUGAGGUCGUAUAACAUCUAAUCACCUUCCUAUUGAGGAUACACUAAUGCUAAAGUACAUGACAUCCUACCGCAGCUAAGGUUUAACUUGCGGGGUCGGGCCUUGAGGUACCUGAAAAUGAAAAGCUUGACUUUUACUACAUAACCCUCGACUUCUCAUAUUUUGAUAUCCUUCAUCCCAUUAUACUACUCAUUCAUCAAUUCACACCAUUCUUUGAGUUUGUGAUCAUGGUCGGGUUUUCAAUUCUCAUUUCUACAGCUUUAGCUGCUCAAACAGCUCUCGCGGGUUCAGUCAUUCGCUCGAGAACUAACUAUGCAGUUAAGGAAAGACAUUACGUUCCUAAACAGUGGAAGAGAGUAGCUCGUGCUCCUGCUGAAGGUAUCAUUAAUUUGAAUAUCGCAUUAAAGCAGAGUCAAUUCGAUGAACUUGAACGACAAUUGUAUCAGGGUGAGCAAACUUCAAAGAUACUGCAUUACAAUCAACAUGACUAAUAUAUUAUCCUUUACAGUUUCCGACCCUUCUCAUCAAAAAUACGGUAAUCAUUUGACCUCCGAUGAAGUCAAUGAAUUGAUCCGACCAUCAUCUCAGACUCUCGACUCUACUCACGAAUGGCUUCUUGACAAUGGAAUUGAUGCUUCAAGCCUAAGCUACAGCAGCGCAAAGGAUUGGAUUCAUCUCUCCAUACCAGUUAAGGUUGCUGAGCGUUUGCUCAACACCGAAUAUCACGUUUAUGAACAUGAAGCAGGUGGUCAAAUUAUUCGUACACCCAAUUGGUCACUUCCUAUGCAUCUUCAUAAGCACAUUGAUGCUAUCCAGCCAACAACUUCAUUCAUGCGUGCUGCACCAAAAUCUAGCUAUAACCCAAGAAAAACCAAGGUCAUGCCAAGACACAACAACAUUAUCGAAGGUCAACUUAGUGCGGAUCAUACACCAGCUGGCUACACACCACCAUCAAAUACCACACUCUCCAAAUUAUGUGACGUUGCUGCAGUUUCACCUCAAUGCUUCCAGGCUCUUUACGGUACUGGAGAUUACAAAGUAAAAUCUGCCGGCAAGAACAAGAUUGGAUUCAACAAUUUCCUUGGAGAAGUCCCAAUUCGACCAGAUGAUGCUCUGUUCUUACUCAAAUACCGUCCAGAAGCCGUAGCCUCUGCCUACGAAUUCAAAUACGUUUCAAUUAAUGGCGGCCCAGUUCAAAACACUACUCUUACAGCUGAUCAGUUGGAAAAUGGUCUAGGCAAGGAAGCCAAUCUUGAUCUUACAGCUAUUUCUGGUAUUAGUUACCCAACACCAAUUACCGCCUACUCAACAGCUGGAGAACCACCAUUCAAUGCCUCAGCUGCUGAGGAUUCUAACACCAAUGAGCCAUACGCCGAUUGGUUAAAUUAUAUCCUAGCACAACCAGAUUUAGACAUUCCUCAAGUCAUCAGUACAUCCUAUGGCGAUGAUGAACAAACCGUUCCCGAAUUUUACGCCAAGCGUGUUUGCGAACAACUUGCUCAACUCGGUGCACGUGGUGUCUCCAUCUUAUUCUCCAGUGGAGACUCUGGAGUAGGAAGUAAUGGUACCUGCUUCAGCAACGAUGGAAAGAACACCACAAAGUUUAUUCCGGAAUUCCCAACAAGUUGCCCUUACGUUACUUCCGUUGGAGCAACCAAAUUCUUUGAGCCAGAAGUUGCGGCUUAUCGUGCUACCGGUGUCGAUCCCAUCAAUGGUGUUUAUCAUGGUGGUUGGUCUACUGGUGGUGGGUUCAGUAAUUACUUUGCUAGGCCCAGUUAUCAAGAUAAGACUGUUUCUGCUUACGUGAAGAACCUCAAUGGAUCUUUCGACGGUCUCUAUAAUAAAUGUACGUUCAGUUCCUCUUUCCCACUGUCAAACUCCAUUCCUUCAGCAUUUACUAACCUUCUUCAGCUGGCCGCGCCUACCCUGAUAUCUCAGCCCAAGGUUUCUACUUCGCUUACGUCUGGAAUCAAACCUACGGUUCCAUUUCCGGAACAUCAGCCUCCACACCCCUCAUGUCCGGUAUCAUCUCUCUCGUCAACGACGCUUUGAUUACCAAGGGUAAACCAGUUCUCGGAUUCUUGAACCCAUGGUUAUAUUCAAAAGGAUACCAGGGAUUCACUGAUAUCCUUGGCGGAAGUGCAGUAGGAUGUGAUGGUCCUGGAUUCCCAGUUACAAAGGGUUGGGAUCCAGCCACUGGUUUCGGUACUCCUAAUUUCCCUGAGCUUUUGAAGUUAGCUGGAGCCAAGUAAUGGUUUUUGCGGAAGGACUAGGAAUCGAUGAAGAAUAAAUGGAUGAUGGAUGAAUAGAUAAUUCUAAUGAUAUAAUGAUCACUCAUACAUGUAUACAU